AUGCGGGGCACUUUCGUUCCAAGGCAUGUGCACCAUGCAUUCAAGUCUGGGAGGUACACUCCUGUCCGUCUCUCGAAACUCUUUGUGCCGACCGUUCCUGCAGAUGCUCUUGCCGCAGGUGACACACUUGAAAGUGUGCGGCGUUUACUUCGUGGCGGCUACGUGCGUCAAUCGGCCUCAGGCACCUACUCGUAUCUGCCGAUAGGCAUGCGCAUGCUCAAAAAAGUCACGCACAUUAUUGAAGAGGAGAUGGAUGCGGUCGAUGCUUCGCAAGUGGAAAUGCCGCAAUUGCUGUCACCCGCCCUGUGGCACAAGACAGGCCGUUUUGAAGCGAUGGGCCACGAGUUGUAUCGCCUUAAAGACCGACGUGGCUCCGACAUGAUUCUCGCACCGACACACGAAGAAGAAGUGACGAAAUUGGUGGGCAUGGAAAUAGAAAGCGCCAAGUCUCUGCCGGUACGAGUAUACCAAAUUGGACGCAAGUUUCGUGACGAGCCACGGCCGCGGGCUGGAUUGCUGCGAACGAAAGAGUUUCUUAUGAAGGAUUUAUACUCGUUCGAUUUGUCUGUGCAAGAAGCGCAGGCGACGUACGAAGAAGUGCGCCAAGCGUAUGGACGCGUGUUCGAGCGCAUCUUUCAUUGGGACCAUAUCUCAGAGCCUACCUGGAUGCAGGCCAAUGCUGAUUCAGGAGCGAUGGGCGGCACAUUUUCGCACGAAUUCCACGUCCUGGAUCCGGCUGGCGAAGAUACCCUGCUGGCAUGCGAUGACUGCACGUACGCGUCCAAUGUGGAAUGUGCGGUCUCGCACGACAGUAUACAGCACGACCGCAACGUGCAGGCAGGUGAUACGUGCCAUGCAUGUGGGUCCGGUCAGCUGCAUGAGCACCGUGCGAUUGAAGUGGGGCAUACAUUUUUGCUUGGUACGCGCUACUCAGAGGCACUCGGCUACGGCGUCGUUCCGCCACAACAGCAGAAUCGCGAGCCGCUACAAAUGGGUUGCUAUGGUAUCGGCGUAACACGCAUUUUGGGCGCCUUGGCACAACGCGCUGCUCGUGAAUUUGAUCUACAGCAAGUUCCGGAUGGGAAGCGUCGCGCCGGCUUUGUCUGGCCUAACGAACUGGCUCCGUUUCACGCGCUUGUGUUGCCUUCCACGCCGAGACAUAUGGAGGCAGCUCAGCGUCUGUGCCUGCAGCUAGAUCAGGGCCUGUCACUCGAUGGCGAAGCGUGCCAGAUCCCUCUUUGGGACGUGGCAUUGGAUGAUCGCACAGACAAGUCGCUUGGCUCGCGGCUGUUUGACGCGGACUUAAUGGGCUCCCCUUGGGUCUUUGUGCUCGGCAAACACUUUGAAAAAGAGAGGAAGGUCGAGGUGCGUCGGGUGGGUCGUCCAGUACAAUACAUCACAUACUAA